AUGGCCGGCGUCGACGCCGCCAGGUACGCGCACAGCCGGCGCACCACGCCGUGGCGGCGCGGGACCACGCCGCGCUGCGCCGCGUGCUGGACGCGCUCCGCGGGCGCGCCGGCCCGAGGAGAUCCGGACGGAGGCGGACUCCGUCGCCGAGGAGGCCCGCGCCGAGGCCGUCUCGGCGGUCAUCGACCGCCGCGACGUGCCGGGGCGGAGACGCCGCUCCACCUCGCCGUGCGCCUCUGCGACGCCACGGCGGCCGAGAUGCUCAUGGCGGCCGGCGCCGACUGGAGCCUGCAGAACGAGCAGGGCUGGAGCGCGCUCCAGGAGGCCAUCUGCGCGCGCGAGGAGGCCCUGGCGCGCGUCAUCGUGCGCCACUACCAGCCCCUCGCCUGGGCCAAGUGGUGCCGCCGCCUUCCCCGCGUCGUCGCUGCCAUGCACCGGAUGCGGGACUUCUACAUGGAGAUCACCUUCCACUUCGAGAGCUCCGUCAUCCCAUUCAUCUCCCGCAUCGCGCCCUCCGACACCUACAGUGUCUGGAAGCGCGGCGCCAACCUCCGCGCCGACAUGACCCUCGCCGGUUUCGAUGGCUUCAAGAUCCAGCGCCCGACCAGACCAUACUCUUCCUCGGGGAGGGACAAGGAGAUUAUGAACGCGCUGGAGGGGGCAGGCGCCCCGGCCUCAGAGGCAGAGGUCCAGCAGGAGGUCUCUGCAAUGUCACAGACCAACAUCUUCCGUCCGGGGAUCGACGUCACCCAAGCGGUGCUGCUCCCGCAGCUCACAUGGCGGCGGCAGGAACGGACAGAGGCCGUUGGUCCGUGGAAGGCAAAGGUGUAUGGCAUGAAUCAUGUGGUGGUCAGUGUCAAGUCAAGGAGGGUCCCGGGGGCGAUGACGGAUGAGGAAUUCUUCUCAUCUUGCAAUGACAAUGAUACAGAGAGCGAGGGGUUUGAUGAUGUUCUGACAGAGGAGGAGAAGAAGCAGUUGGAGGCCGCUCUAAAAAUGGAUUCUCCAGAUGCCGGUGGGGAGUCUGACUCAUUUGCUGGUCCUCGACAUAGUUGUGUUGAGCCAAGGGAGAGGGAGAUACCGAUUGAGGACAUGAGUGUUUCUGGAAUUGGAGAGAGUAAGCAUGACAAGAAAGGUUGGUUCAGUAAUUGGGGAAAGAGAAGUCAGGUUAGCAAGCCAGAAGGGGUGAAGAAGAUGGCACCUCCAAGGAGCUCGCUCUGUGUAGAUGAGAAGGUGAGCGACCUCAUUGAAUCGCCCUCAAAUGUACAAACAAGAUCAGGAAGGCAUUCGGUAGAUGUAGUCAGAGCAGAUGACAACAGAAGGAUCAGGGAAAGGGAUAAUAGGAGACAUGUUGCUUCUGCGGAGAAUGAGCAUAGGCGCAAAGAAGGUUCCAAAGAAAGCGAGUAUAAGAAAGGACUAAGGCCUGUUCUCUGGCUCUCUCCAAAUUUCCCUCUUCGGACUGAGGAGCUGCUGCCAUUGCUUGAUAUUCUUGCAAACAAGGUGAAGGCAAUUCGUCGUUUGAGGGAUCUACUUACAACAAAACUCCCUCCAGGAACAUUUCCAGUCAAGGUUGCUAUUCCAGUUGUGCCUACAAUCAGAGUGCUUGUGACAUUCACAAAAUUUGAAGAGCUACAGCCGCUGGAGGAGUUCACCACACCACCUUCAAGUCCUGACAACAGCAAGAGCCCAGCAGUGCAGCCUUCUUCAAGCUCCUGGAUUCAGUGGAUCAAGGCGCCUUACCGCCAGAACUUCUCGACAGCACCGGGCCCAAGCAGCCGCGUGGAGGACAUCCAGGACCCAUUUGCCAUUCCUUCUGAUUACGUGUGGACAACACCUGAAGAGAAGAAAAAGAAGACACGGGAAAAAAAGAACAAGUCGAAAAAAGGCAGGAACGGGGCAUAG